AUGCAGAACCUUGGGGAGGUCAUUCUGAAGGGAAACAUCCCCGCAUCUAGGGGCUCCAACCAGGAGGGCCUGGCACAAGGCCUGGAGGUGGUGACAAGGGGGCCAUGUGGGGCCCCCGUGGUGGAGAGCAUGUGGGACACGAGACAGAGGGGUCAGGGAUGGGUUGGAACAGCUUACAUGUUUGGCUGGGUGGGUGGACACAGCGAGCAGAAUGGGACUCAGUGCCGGGUGCAAAAUGGGGUACCAUCCACCCUAAGUCCAGACUGGGGAGAUGGGGGCGGGCAGCACCCAGUGGGCUCACACCCAGACCUGUCUACAUCUGCACCCUGGACCCAACUCCUUCAGGAAGGCCUGCUGAACCCCUCAGGGCUAACAGGAGUUGAGGCCUUGGCAGUCACUGGGGCGGGGGGGGAGGAAGGGGGCAAGCCAGGCUAUGGAUGGAGAUCAGCAGAUCCUGAGCAAGGUGGCAACUUCACCCUGCUCCACAGACCCCAAAGAAGGCACCCAGGGUCUCCACAUGCAACCCCAGCUCUACAUAGUGGGGCAAAACCACCUGCCUUCAAAGAGACGCCCAGGAGAAGGCCCAGGCUGAGGGUCAGAUACCAGGUCAACCCACACUGUCAGUGCCCUCCUGGGGGUCAGCUGGGGGACGAGCCCCUACCAUGGGAGGUCCCCAGUCAAGAGCAGGGGGAAGGAGGGAAGCUGGCUGGGACCUGGGGCCCUGAGGCUCAAGGGAAGCCAGGGCCUGCCCCAUCCCGCCCGCCGCCAGCCGGCCAGCAGGGCUAG